AUGGCUUCACCCCUACCCAUGGGACAUGGCUUUGUCUCGCAUAUCCCAUCCCCUGCGGGUGAUAUCGAAUAUGAAAAGUACUUUGACUUCGCGGCGUGGGAGCGGGACCAGGGUAACGGGGUGACUCGAUCAUCCGAGGGCUCUUCUAGCUAUACCCCGGCCCUGACAACCGAUUCUAUGAUGACACCCCCCUCUGAGCACUCUGACGGCUUCCUGGACGCUUAUUACAACAGCGGGCUCUUAAACAGCCUCCCCGACGUCCGGCAAUACGAUGACGACUGGACCUAUCCUCAUCAAGACCCCAGUCAAGACGCUUUCCCUCAUGAAUUUUCUUCCCUCAUGCUAAACUCAAGCUCCUCCGCCUCUUCUUCUUCGCCCUCUUCCUCAUCAUCUUCAUCCUACUCUUCCUCCCCUCCUCGCUACUCCUCCUCGUCGCCUCCGUCGUCCGCCGCCUCCCCGCCAUCCUACCCGCCUUCGCCACCCGCUCACAGGUCCUCGUCGCCAAAGCAGCACAGCCGCAAGUCCUCAUCUUCGUCUUCCAGCAAAUCUAGCAGCAGCAAGAGCAGCAAAAAGAGGCAUCUUCAGCAUCCCGAGCAGACGGCUGAGUGCGAUCUGCGUGUUUGCGCCCAGUGCAAGAAGUUUGAGUACUUAUGCAUCCACGAGCAACUGUCAACAAUUGGACCCGUUUUUGUUAACAUCCAUGACAAAGCUGGAGAAUCGGUCCGAAGAGAUGAUCUUACUGGCCGAGUCGUCUACGCCCCCAUCUCCUUUUCCGAGACGGACCCAUCGGCCCCGACGAUGCAGCUCUGCAUCCAGGCCUACCAUCCGGAGAACGGUGGUCGGCUGAGCGGACCCAACUGUGCCAUCCCGAGGGAGCACAUUCCGAGCUGGGGUUCUCUCGCCCGGUGGGCCGGUCAGCAGAUUCUAUACGAAUCUAAGACCCCGUUCCGAAAGGCCGUCGAAACCUUUGUGAUGGCUUACUCGGAUCGGCCCAAUAGCAGGGACUACUACUUGCCCAAGUUCGACCUUGUUGACCGGGUCCGAAAAUUGACUUGCAUGUUCAAGAUCUGGAUGACGCAGCACACGCAGAACUCGAGCCACAGCAAUGGUAUUUACUACCGGACGUCUAAGGGCGUCAUGCGCCUUCCCUACUCCGUUCACGAGGAGCUCCGUCACAUUGCCAAGAAGGCCAUGGAGUCUCUCGAGCGCGACAUCCUCAGCGAACUCGACGGCUGCAUGACCCAAAGCAAGGCCGUUCAGCCCUUUGAGAAGCCCCUUCUGUGGGUCUGCUUGUGGCAGCUAAUCUUUGUCUACCGACAACUUCUGAGCAGCUUGUCCCACAGCAGCCAGAAGAGAUGUCGAGAAGUCACCCGCAGACUGUACACUGCGUUGGUGGCCUACUACACAGGCUUCUUCUACACGCCUAAGAGCCUCAACCUCGAGCUCGAUCUCUCCCGCGCGAGGAUGCCUGUUGAGCUGAAGUACGAGCUUUCUGCGCUUUUCCAGUCUAUUCUCGACAACCGAGUUGAUUUCUACCAAGCGCUCCGCGGCUCUAAGAACGAGUUUGACAACCUUCUCGGCUCGACAAUUGUUGAGAAUGAGCUAAAGAGACUAUUGAAGCGACGAAGCCGAAAAUCGACAUCCUCCCGAAGCACCAAAGUCGUCGAUGCGCAUGACGAUGGCGACGACGAGGACGAGGACUAUUGA